AGCAACUUCCCAUCAGCCUUUGCGCCGUCGUAGUCAUGACGUCAUCAGACGAGGCGGUAUUUUGAAAGAAAGCUAGCGCCUGCUCGUCUCCGAGUGGCUAAAAAAGUGCACUUUUUAUGAACAUGGGUGAGGUGAGAUCAGAGGGGGAGGCAGAAGCCCGGCUAUCCGAUGCCGCUCAGACUGAGCUGAUGGAUCUUUGUGAGAAACAGUUCAACCGCCUGGAGGAGCUUCAGAAUGUCGUGUUACUCAGUGACUCAGAAUUUCCUCCUGAUCAGCAUGCCCUAAACCGACUGAUUGCAACUGAAGCAGAAGUGAAGCAGUGGCUGUUGAUGGAGUCGAGCUCGCUGCCUACAAAUUCGGAAAUUUUACGUCAAGCUGUAAAAGAAGAGAUGCUCAAGCUGUGCUCCGAACUCGAGAUGGUCGUCUCUUGUUGUGAAGCCAGGAGAAACAAGCUGAAAGAGACUAAAGAGCUAGAACAGAAAUGGCUGGAGGAGAAGAAACAGGUGCUACUAGUGGCUAAAAACCACACUGAACGACUUAAACGGGAACAGGAGUCUUUGUCAGGGCACAGCAUCCUGCUGGAGAUCAAGGAGAAGAUCAGGAAGGUGAAGGAAUAUCAUGAAAAGCUGAUGGAGUGUCUGGGGGACGUCCUGGAGACACACGUCCCUCUCCCUACAUACGAGUCCACUUCCAGCAAGAGGAAGAAGAGCGUUGCUCAUGAGUUCAGCAAGGGCCUGCUUUCACUCAGUGACAUCCUGGAGAUUCUUAUGAACAAGAUCCUGACGGAAGCACACGACCCCUACGUCCUGAUAGACCACACCUUCUGGCCACCGUACGUAGAGCUGCUGCUCCGACAUGGGAUUGCUGUGAGACACCAGGAGAACAAGUUAAAGAUCCGCCUUGAAAAGUUUUUCUAAAGUUUUUAUCUUGUUUUAUUUCAAUGUUAGUAUUCUUGUACCAUAGUUGUAAAGCAUGUUUUAAAGUCACUCUUUUAGGUGCAGAAAUAAUGAGAUGUUUAUAUGCAUGGUUUUAGAAAGGGUCCAGUUCUUUCCUUUUUUAUGUUUUUCUCUCAUGGUCGUUGUGUUUAACCUGCUUUUUUAUCGUUUUCCAGCGGAAGUCGACACCGGCCUUAUUUAGUUCUGGAUUUAACUAGAUUUGUUAUUGUUUGGUGUUUAUUGAGUUAAGAAAACGCAUGCUUUGUAUAAUAGGUCUUAACUAUUUUUAAAUGAAUCUUAAUUUUUAAGUUUCAUACUUUUAAUGUGACUAAUUGGCUAAAAUGAUCCCUAACACCCCACUGUUUUAUAUGUACAUGUUCAUAUUUGAUUCUUUUGUUGAAUAAACUUGUGAAUUUCA